AGCAUCCAUAGUGAUCACAUCUGCGUCCAGUAAUAAAUAUUAUGUUAAUUUACAUCGUUUUUUUAAUAUCGGUCUAAUCCUGAAAGUUAUUAUUUUUUUGAUUCACUCAUUUUCUUUAAUUUCGUCAAUUGUCUGGCGGUGGCCCUGAUGUAGCUAACAAUUGUAUUUGUGAUUGAUCAGUUUGUGUUUUUUCAAGUCUCACAAAAGAAAAUAUUAUCUUCUGCGUUUUUCAUUUAUUCACUUCUCUGAAGAAUCUUUUUAAAUUCGCUCACAUGAAUUGAUUUUUGAAACCAUCCAUAUAAGGGUUCUCAUUCUACUUUAACGAUGAAACAUUUAAAAAAACCAUAUUUAUUGUUGUAGGAGAUUAUAUCGAAGCGUUGAAAGCGAGAAUCCAGGAAAAAUGUCCACCAUUUCCAGUUGCAACGAACUUGGAAAUUCUAAAUUUUAUAAUAAUACAAGAUUUCCAAAUCAUAAUUUAUGGCAUCAUUCCCUUGGCAGAUAUCCUGCUAUACUUAGAGAAAAACCCAGUGCAAUUGAUGGAUCCAGCGAUUAGUCGAGACCACAUAAUGAAUACUAGAGGGUCUAUUGGAUUUAGUAUGUAGUUCGUCAAUGAUUUGAAACUAGUUCAGAAUCAGUUAUGAAUCUUCAUUUUCAGUGUUUUCAGCUUUUACGAAAACGAUGCAGAUAAUUAUGAGAAGUGCAGAUUCUCUAGAAGAUAGUGAGAGAAUAAAAAUACUUCACUUAUUGAAUAGAGAUAAAAAGAUAAUUGAGAAGUUGGAACUAAGUGCUAUCAGGUAUUUUUUAGUCAUUCUGCUCACUUUGAUUCCUGAAUUUGCAACUGACCCUGAAGAGGUUUCUUUUGAAGGAAUACUUCAAAUUAUUCAUGAAAUUUAUCUCGAAUAUAUGCAUCAGUCAGACAUCAUUGAAGGUAUCACUUCACUAGAAACGACUAAUAUAUUACACAAGGUACUGAGGAAUACCAAUGCAAUAAAAUCAGUGAAGCACUGUGUGAUGGAGAUUUUGUCAAUCAUUUGUGCCAACUACUUGGAAGCAGCUUCAAACCUAUUAGAAAAUAAUAUACAUCAAACGCUUAUUGAUCUGGAUCAACAAUAUAAAUUCAAGAUAGAGGCAGUGAAGAUGCAUCUCGUUACCUUUAUUUGGUCCCUCCUACCUUUACCAUGCUCGAACAUUUUCGAUAUAAAUGAUGCUGUCCGUGAAUUGACCUUCAAAACUGAAAAUGUUAUUAAAAUGGCCGUAUGGCAUAAAGAAAUAGAAAGUGGUAUUUGGGUUCCAUUCAUUCCCCGAUUGAAUUAUCUUAUCGAGCAAUCUUACACAGAAAAUAAGAAGGAAUUCACUUGUUAUGAUUACGGAAAAAUUCAAACCGUUGAUUUUACCCACAUGGUUAUAAUAGAUGAGGCGACGUCGGAGAGAACGCCAGUAUCUCGUGAAGAGAUUGAAAUUCACAGACCACUAUUCCUGAAGAAAAGCAGAAAACUUGAAGGAUUUCAUUUCAAAAAUCGUGAUUUUAUUGAUUUUUCCUAUAAAUUUCUUACGAGGAGGUUCUCUCUAACCUUAUAUAAACAAGAAAAAUACUAUUGUAUGGAAGCGUUGUUGUCUGUUUUAGAGUUAAUGAACUAUGAACAACACGAUAAGCUCUUGUGCUGUGCAAAACCUGAAGAAUAUGUUUGGAGAGCUGACCAAUUAGUUCAAAUAUCGAUGAAACUACUGAAACAAAAUCCCAUGUAUUGCCAAAUGUUUGCAGUUCAGACCUUAACAUUACUAGGAUGUUAUCACAGCUCUCUUUCUGAACGAAUUGAUGUGCAUGGAAUAGGCAUAUUAUUACGCAAUUUCUCUGAAGAAAAGGAAAAAUCGAUCGACGUUGCCCAAGAAUAUUCUUCAUUGGAGCUUGAAUUCGUGUUGUGGAUAAAAGAUCAGGUGGAAGAAUAUUCUAGUUGUUUCAACCUGGAAAAUGCAAGUUAUCCGAAUUACGUUGGAAGCAACAUAUCGAUUAGUAGUUAUGGUGGUAUUACAGAAACAAAACAAGAAUUGGAAUAUUAUAAGGCGUCUUUUUUCGACGAAGAAAAACCUGAUAUUCUGAAUCGUCGGUCUGAAGCUAUAGAAUACUUCAUAUGGUAUUUAACUGGGCCGACUGAAAGUGAUCACAGAAUUUGUAGAAUGCGAGUGUUCCUUGAUGUGUUCUUUGGUAUUCCUGUGCAACCACAAGGACAGGAAUUCAAUUGGAACAGCCAACUUUUCAAGGAAUUGGUAAAAAAACUUGGAUACUUUUUGGUUGAUCAUGAGGAUAAGAUUCGUAAGAAGAAUAUUGAUAAAAUUUUGCGAUUAAGUAUAAACACCUUCGGGAGAAUAGCAACUCAAGUUUUUCAGAUAAUAAUCCGAAUUACCCCUUCACAAGAGGAAAUGUCGUUGAACGUUCAACCGUUCACGACGAUUCAAUACUUACAACAUUUCAUGUUUUCUCAACAAGAUGCAUCAUCUUUUGCUGGACUGUCAGCAGUUCCCAAUAAGAGGUUCGCUACCAAAUCUAGACUUUCACUCAAUGGCAUCAUACUUUCUUCCCAGAUGACAAUUUAUGAAGUUAUCACGAAAUAUGGCGUUGUUGGUCACGAGUCGAAUGUUUUCGAUCAUCAAUAUAUAUUCCUUUAUCAACAAUAUGAAGCGCAUUUCCCACCGAAUGAAGGAAAUAAUGAAGAGUUUAUGAAACACACAUAUGUGUUGGAAAAUUAUCUGAAACCUAGAUCAUCAGAAUGCGAAGAAUUGACGGAAGAGGUUAAAAAUGCUCUGCACCUUUCAAAUAUACUAUAUGGCAUCAACGAACAUUGGACCUCUGCCUAUGAACAGAUCCAACAUAAGGAAGUCUUGAUUGAUCCUCAAGAUUUCGUGAAUACACGUUUGAAUAAAUGUGUGUUCAAACAUUUGUCAAAUCCCUUUGCUGCGUUGAUGGGCAAAUAUCCUCCUUGGAUCAAAUACAUAUUCGACCAUUGCCCAUUCGUUUUCCCCCUAGGAACAAGAAUGUUUGCGUUCAGGAUUCUGUACCAGAAUAGACUUAGAGCGUUGUGCAGUAUCUUGUUGCACUACGAAAGAUAUAGUUCAAGGGUUGAUAUCUUCGAAAACAUUUUCAUGUUGAACGUGGAAAGAAUUAAUAUAGUGAACGACGUGAAAAAGUAUAUGCUGCAUACGAGCCCCAAUCGUAUUUGGAAUGUAUUUUUCAAGAAUGAAAUAGGUGCAGGUGUAGGUUUGAAAAAAGAACUCUUCAAUUCGAUCGGCAAGGAACUGCAAAAAGACAAAUAUAACAUUUGGACUUCCACCGAAGAAACCCAAAAUGGAUUCCUUCAGUUCAACGAAGGGUUAUAUCCUAAACUGGACUUCGGCUCCCAUCUUGACUUCUACGACGAAAGCUCUUCUAAUAAUGGGGCUGAUUUAUUUAUCACCAUUGGUGCACUUUUGGCAAAGGCUUUAAUGGAAACCUCUUUAUUAGGAUUGCCUUUAGCAACACCAAUAUUCAAAUACUUGCUGCAUAAACAAUGUCUAAAUUUCGAUGAUCUGAAAUAUGUGAAUCCUGCAGUCCACAAGGUUUUAGGAGAUAUGAAAAAAUUGAUUAUAGAACGUGACCAAAUUUUAGAUAACAACGAACUGACACAUUCCGAAAAGUUGUAUUUAGUAAAAGAUUUGACUAUAAAUGGAGAUAGCCUUGAAUGUUAUGACCUGAACUUCGUUUUCCCGGGUCAUGAAGGAAUUGAAUUGAUCCCUGAUGGAGCGAACACAUCAGUUGACAUCAUGAAUGCUCAUGUCUAUGUGGAUGCUAUCAUGAAGAAAUUUUUCGUUGGAGUACAGAAACAGAUGAGCGCCUUGAAGUGGGGGUUUGAUUAUGUAAUCAAAUCAAGUAACCUCCAUAUGUUCCACCCAAAAGAAUUACAGAACAUCAUUUUGGGAGAAGAAGAUGAUUCUUCGUAUUGGUCUUUUGAAAAUUUGACUAAUCACGUCAAAUUAGAAUAUUGCACCGUAGAUGAUAUUGAAAUACAAGACCUUUUCGAUAUAUUAUCCUCUGCCAAUAAAGAAACGAGAAGUAACUUCUUGGAAUUUGUGACCGGCUGUUCGCGUUUGCCAAAGGGUGGUUUUGUAGAGUUGAAUCCAAAAUUGACGAUUGUCCUUGUUAGAGAGUAUCCUUCGGCGCAGACAUGUUUCCGUCUGCUUAGAUUGCAACGAGGAAUGGACCAUAGUGAAUUGAAGAAGUUCAUCGAGGAGAUCAUUCCUGAAGCGCUGAACUAUUUUGGCUUGGUCUGAUGUUGACAUUUAUGGCGCUCACAUCGAGGAAGUACUCAUAUAGAAGUCUUCAAUGCUCAUGACCAGAGAAAAUUCAGAAACAAGAAAAAAGGGGAUUUCAAAAUCCAUUUGUCGCAGUGCGGUCAAGACUGAAUUUUGACACAUAGGUAGGGGGAGCUGUUCAACAGUUACUACGCUCUCGUUUUUAAUUGAAGCUGAUCUCUUUCUACGAUAAUCAUACGAUAUGUCAUCAACCAAUAUGUUUGCAUCAAUAUGGAGUUCAAUUCAUACACAGUUUUCAAGAAAAAUUCUGUUUUACGAAAAAUUAGAUUUGGCUAACUGUGUCCACCCUAUGGUACACUAUUAAUCAUGGGGUUAGGUCACAGUUAACCAUUGUGUACACAGUUAACCACAUAGAACCUAUUUUAUAUAAUUUACAUUGCGUUCUGAUGACAGAACUCGUAUUAUUUAUUGUUUUUACAUAUAUACAGACUUGCCACUUCAUAUUUAUUUUAUAUUGCAGAAUUAUAUUUAUAUUAUAUUGGAGAAUUAUAUUUUUAUUAUAUUGGAGAAUUAUAUUCAUAUUUUAUUGAAGAAUUAUAUUUAUAUUAUAUUGGAGAUUUAUAUUUAUAUUAUAUUGGAAUUAUAUUUAUAUUAUUUUGAUGAAAAAAUUUUUAUAUUUGUCUCUACAAGACGUAUACAGCGUUGAAUUGGAGCACAGGUAACUUCGCAUUUAAGAAUUAUAAGGAUGGUUAAUUGUGUACAACAGUGUUGUUGAACAGCUCACCCUACUUAUUUGUUAUGAAAAUAUUCUUUCACUAGUUUCUCGAUAUUUAUGUUAUAUGUAAAGUUGUUAAAAGUAAAGUUGUUACAUGUUAAGUUGUACCUAUCUUUUCAUAUAAGA